CUCAGUUCCUCCUUUCUUACUGCUGGCGCUUUUAAUUUGUUUUUUAAUAUUUUGGAAAUGGAUGAUCAUGAGUAUGGAAUGAUGGAUCUAACACAGUACAUAAACGGAAGGCCUCUAUCUGCUUCGCCACAUCUGCAAUCUGAUUUUUUAUGCAGUAAUCAACACUACGAGAUGGUAAUGGCUAGUAGUAAUACUACUGUGCCACAACAUGACAACUGUCUUCCUCAUCCCGCGGCAGCUGCAACUGCUAGACCUAGUGUUAGUGGCGGUGGCGGCGGGGCCACGUUUAGUACUGCGUCGGAGGUGAAGGGUUGUGGUGGUGGUGGUGCCAUGCGCGGAGGUGGUGACGGCGGAAAUGGACGGUGGCCCAGGCAAGAGACUCUUACACUACUUGAAGUUAGAUCACAACUUGAUUCCAAGUUCAAGGAAGCUAAUCAGAAAGGUCCCCUCUGGAAUGAAGUCUCCAGGAUUAUGUCUGAGGAACAUGGAUAUCAAAGGAGUGGGAAGAAGUGCAGGGAGAAAUUUGAGAACUUAUACAAAUACUACAAGAAGACUAAAGAAGGAAAAGCUGGAAGACAAGAUGGUAAACAUUAUAGAUACUUUAGACAACUUGAAGCUCUUUAUGGUAAAACAAGCGAUACAAUCUCAAUAUCAGAAACCAACAAUAUUGGAAGCAGUAAUUUUCACUACAAUAAUCCCAUAAACAACAACAAUCAAGAAGCUCAUAAUUUUCAUCGUCGGGGUCCUAAGCUCUCUGAUAGUCUUAUCAGUCCCUCUGAUUCCUCUGAUUCUGAUCGUGCUACUUCAUCUGAUGAUAGCGAACUCAAAAUGGACGAUGAUUCAAAAGAAAAGAGGAAGAAGAAAAGAGGAAAAAGGAGUUGGAAAGGUAAGAUAAAAGACUUUGUGGACAUACAAAUGAAGGAGUUAAUAGAGAAACAAGAAGCUUGGUUAGAGAAAGUGAUGAAGACAAUUGAACACAAGGAACAAGAGAGGAUUUUAAGGGAAGAAGAAUGGAGGAAACAAGAGUCAAUUAGGAUAGAAAAAGAGCAACAAUUUUGGGCUGGUGAAAGAGCAUGGAUUGAAGCUCGUGAUGCUGCUUUAAUCGAUGCACUGCAUAAAUUAAGUGGAAAUCAAGAACUGAUCAUCAAGAGUAAUAAAAAUGCUUCAAUAUGUAAAGACAUGAAUUGGGAUGGCAUAAAUGGAUACCUAAUCAAAAGCAACAAGAAACAAAAAGAGAAUUACUUGAGCUCAUAUUAUAAUUUCAAGAACAAUGAAGAAGGGAGAUCAUAUUGUGAAACAUCAAGACAUGUACCAAAUGUUCAAGUAAUGGAUCCUGGGAUGUUUUAGGUAAGUGGUUAAUUUAAUUAAGUUUGAUUAUGGUAUUUUUGUUUUAUUGAGGUGCUAACUGGUAUGUGGAAUAUUUAGGGAUUAUUGAAGUUAACUGAUCCUAGAAGAUGAGGUUUAAUUGGGUCGAUAUUUAUCUUCAUUUUUAAUUAUUUCCAGAUAUUCUUUUGAGAUUUAAUUUCUUUAUCUUAAUGUUGGUCUGA